GUUUGUAUCUUUGUCAAAUCUAGAAAAGCACACCACAUCCCCUUUAUUCAGAAGUAAGUGUUUAUAGUUCGUAAACAGCUGAUCAGCCAGACAGCAGCUUCAUCAGUACAAUACACCAGUAACAAGUCAGAGAAGUAUGGAGAAGGACAGAAAGAUGAUGAUGUUCUGUCUGCUUUUGGCAGCUAUUAGCAGCCCUGUGUUCACUGGAGAGUGGAAUGCCUCUGUUGCCAAAAACCUUGAUGCCCUGGUUACAUCCUGUGUUGUGAUACCCUGUUCAUAUACCCAUGCUAAAGAUGAGCUGCCCCACUCCAGACUCAGGGGGAUCUGGCAUCGUUCAACAAACCAAGAUCAACGCAUCUAUCAUGAGGAUAAGACGAUGAUCUUGGAAAACUUUCGUGGCCGCACAAAGUUGUUGGGAAAUUUGGGCCAGGGCAACUGCAGCUUGGAAAUGAUUGAAAUUAGAGAUGUUGACAAUGGCCCUUUCUGUUUUCGGGUUGAAUUAGUAGCAACAGGGACUGAAACAUCCAAAAUGGACAAGUUCUCCUUUGUUGACAGUUGUGUCAACUUUACAAUGACCACUGAACCUCCAAAACCAACUCUGAUUCCACCAAAGACAGCCAUUCAAGGUCAUCCCUACACCAUCACCUGUUUAGUUCGCCAUACCUGCUCCUCUCAUAUACCUAAACUGACAUGGAGUAGAGGCACAGCAGAGGAGAUCACUGAGGUUCACAGAGAAAUUCAUCAAGGUACCUGGGAGGCUCAGUCCACUCUGAUGUUCAUCACUGAGGAGAAGGAUAACCACACAGACAUCACCUGCACUGCUGAAUUUUUUGGAGGGACGACAUCCACUGAAAAACUUACGCUUCAUGUAAAACGUAAAGAAAACCAUAACCACAUCAUCAUUCUUGCAGUAGUGGGGAUUGGCACCGCUGUCAUCUUCACAGGCCUCUGUAUUUUCAUGAUGAAAAAAUAUUUUAUGAUGAAAAAGUGA